AUGGAGAGGAAGAGGUUCUUUUGCAGAGAGUGGGUCUUCGUAAAGUUGGCUCACCUGGUCGACCAGCGGAAGACUGGAGGAGCUCUCAUAGUUGGCGGCCCCGGAUCAGGUAAAACGACCAUCUGCAAUGAGAUCGUGCGGCCUACAACAGGUCAUAGCGGCCGCCCCCAGCGUUGUCUCAACCGCCGCCUCCUAGCCCACCACUGCUGUCAGGCCGGAGACAGGCAGUCCCAGAGCGUCUCGGGGUUCAUCCUCAGCGUGGUGCAGCAGCUCACCACGAAGGAUUCCCAGCACUUGGCAGAUCUAGCUACACGCCUCACCACGGACCAAGAGAUACUGUCAGCACUGACCCCUGAAGCUCUCCAAACCGAUCCCGACGACUGCUUCCGUCGUGCCGUCCUUGUGCCCUUGGGUCAGAUAUCUCCUCCGCCACCUCAUACCUUUUUCAUCCUGGUCGAUUCCGUGGACGAAGGCUACGGUGCGCCGCCAAGCCCAGGGCGAAGUGCGACCGCCUCCACCCAACAGACCAAGACAGUGGGCGACCUCCUCGUGGCCAACCACCACUUACUGCCUCCUUGGCUCCUCCUCUUCAUUACCGCAAGGAGGCAGAGCAAGCAGAUAGCCAAGGCGUUCUCCACCUACAAGAAGAUUUGUAUAGAUGACCUCAGGAAGUCCCAGGUGGUCCGAGACGUGCAGCAAUAUAUUCUGCUGCGGCUGGAGAAUGAAGAAUGCCUUAGAAGACAGAUGUGUAGGGGAACAGCAGAAACGCUUAAUCAGCUUCAUAUCAAAUCGAAUGGAUGUUUUUUAUAUUUGGAACGGGUACUCGAUGGAGUUUCCGACGGCUGCAUUGUUCUCAGGGAAGUCAGAGAUAUCCCCGGGACUCUCAACGGUCUAUAUCUCUGGCUUUGUCAGCGUCUACUAACCACUAAACACUUUGCUAAGGUAAGACCUCUGUUGAAUAUUAUCCUGGCAUCAGACCGCGGUAUGACUGAAGAAGAAGUGUCGAACGUCAUGGUAUCCUGUGAAAAGGCCAUGUCGAAGGAGGAUUUACGUAGGAGGCUGCAGGUCGCCAAAAGAGUGCUCGUUGUCGGGCCAGAUUUCACCCUCAGACCGUUCCACAACUCCUUCGCUGAGUGGCUGGUGGACGUGAAGCACUGUACGCAGAGGUAUCUUUGUUCCACGCAGGCUGGUCAUGCGAUGAUCAUCAUGCAUCUUUCAAUGAGAGGCCCGACGCUGUCGCCAUUGGACACUGAACGACUUUCAUAUCAUAUUAGUUGCCUGCCACAGAAUGUCCUUGGACCACUCGCCCCCCUCUGGCUACUGGCCUCUGGGGCUCCCCUCGACCUUUGUGAUUCUAGUCAUACCGUAGCGUCCGAGUACAUCAGGGACAUAGAAGCGGCCUGCAACCAGGGUGGAUGUGAAGAGCGACUCGCUGAGGAAGAAGUUGCCGCUGAAGUUGUCGUAGAAGACUCACCAGCGGAAGUGAACCUCCAUUGGCUGGCCGCCGAGGGAGAUCCUGUCAAAUUGGAAGCUGCUCUUAGCCAAGAUAAGUCAGCUCUCGAGCAGACUGAUCGCCACGGACAGACCCCGCUUAACCUUGCUGCGAGAUUAGGAUUGGCACCGAUCGUGAAAGUGUUGCUCGAGGCGGGCGCUGACGUGGACCACGCUGACUGUGAUGGGUGGACUGCUCUGAGGGCCGCAGCAUGGGGUGGUCAUACUCAGGUGGUGGAGUUGGUAUUAGCGGCCGGAGCGACGGUCGACAGCUGUGAUAGGGACCAGAGGACGGCACUGAGGGCUGCUGCGUGGGGCGGCCACGCGGACAUUGUUUCACUACUACUUGAAGCCAAAGCUGAUGUAAAUAGAACUGACUGUGAGGGUAGAACAGCCCUCAUUGCCGCCGCUUACAUGGGACACGCAGAUAUUGUAGAGAAGCUGUUAGAUUACCACGCUGACAUCAACCACCAGGACAGUGACGGAAGGACUGCGCUUAGCGUUGCUGCUCUCUGUGUCCCGGCCAGUGAAGGAUAUACAAAGGUUGUAAACAUUCUUUUGGAGAGAGGGGCCGAUGUGGAUCAUGAAGACAAAGAUGGUAUGACUCCACUUCUGGUUGCAGCUUUCGAAGGCCACAGAGAUGUGUGCGAACUUCUUCUCGAAGCUGAAGCAGAUGUAGACCACACAGACGCUGCCGGAAGAACAGGGCUGUGGGCAGCAGCAUCGAUGGGUCACGCUCCUGUUGUGUCCUUGUUUCUCUUCUGGGGAGCCUCUGUUGACGCUAUAGAUCCUGAAGGAAGAACAGUAUUAUUGGUAGCUGCGGCGCAAGGAAGUGAAGCUGUUGUCAACUUGCUUAUUGAAAGAGGUAUGGAUGAACAGCACAGAGACAAUUGUGGGUGGUCUGCUCUGCAUUACGCUGCUCUUGAGGGACAUUGUGGAGUCGUGCGAGCGCUAUGUCUGGCUGGGGCGAGGCCUACAUUGACCGACAACGACGGAAGGGCUCCUAUCAUGUUGGCUGCACAGGAAGGACAUUGCCAGCUGGUCAGGGAGCUGGUGGAAGAACACGGAGCCGAUGUUGACCAGAGGGCCCACGACAAGACAACUGCUCUCAGGUUAGCUGCUCUCCAAGGACAUCAGAACGUUGUAAGAGCAUUACUAAGCUACGGAGCUGACGUGAACGCCCAAGAUGCUGACGGUAGAAGCACGCUGUACAUCCUAGCUCUAGAAAAUAGAAUGCAGAUGGCAGAAUUUCUUAUUGAUCCUGGAGGUGCCGACGUCGAAGUCAGGGAUUUGGAAGGUAGGACCGCCUUGCACGUGAGCGCCUGGCAAGGCCACAGUGAUAUGGUGUCGGUACUCCUUGGCCACGGGAGGGCGGACCCUAACGCAGUCGACAACGAGAGGCGGACGCCACUCCACUCUGCAGCGUGGCAAGGUCACGCCCAGGUUGUGCGGCUUCUUUUGGAUGCCGGAGCGAGGGCUGACGAUACUUGUAACCAAGGAGCUACAGCAUUGGGAAUAGCUGCUCAAGAAGGACAUGAGGAGUGUGUUCGCGUGUUACUGUCAGUGGGUGCCGACCCUAAUCAUUGUGACCAGUGUGGUCGCAAUGCCCUGAGGGUCGCAGCCAAGUCAGGUCAUCAAGCGGUCGUGAGGCUUCUUGAGCAGGCCACCUCCAGUCUUCACCCUCCUUCCAGUCUACCAGUCCACAAUGGAAGCAUACUCUGCCCAAGCGCUCCAUCCCUCCAGGACUCUCCAGAACUGACAGGAAAAAGGAGAUCUCUUGUUUCUAGCGACAGCAGCAAUCUUACCAACAGCACCAGGAGCUCACAUAAGGACACUCAGGGUCAGUUGACAUUCACUCAGCAGUUGGAGCAUUGCUCGCGAAGAUCUAAGGUGUUGAGCCCGCUGCAGUCGCAGCCUCCCAGCCCUAUCUACGCCUCGCCUCCUACCAGCCCUCAGAAUCCUUGCAAUGACCAUUUUUCAAGAGACACUCAUAUGAGAAUAAUUCUGGGAAAUAGUAAAACAUCACCUACUAGAGAACGAUCCACUAAAACUAAGAGGAAUGGGAUAGUUACAAAUCCAGCGCUGAGGAUAGUUCCCGCAAUAAGGAACGGACUAGAGUUCGCUGCCGGUCGAUGGGGUCACAACAACUCUGCUACGCCUUCUAACAGCUUUCAAUGGAGGAAGGAAACUCCGCUUUAGCGAUGGGAGAAAAACAUGGCGAAGAGCAGUAGAAACGGCAGCGACAUUUGACAACGACGUGACCAAAGCACUUUUCUCUAAACACAGGUCCUGCCCAGCAACCCUUCCCGUCUUAAAACCGUUGCCCUCUUCAAUGCCUUUUCGUCUUGAGUCAAUUCAAUAUUCUUGCAAAAGAUAUUUGGCAUUAUUAUCUGUAACUCAGGAACUAGUAAGCUCAUUCCAAACUAAUCCAAAAAAAAAAAAAGAAAGAAAAUUCCUCAUAUAAAAGAGAAAACACUUCUAUUUACGAAGAUAUAUAUAUAUUUUGUUCAUAUACAUUGUAACUGUAGACGCUAUGUGUGUAACAGACGUAUUAUUUAUAGAUAUUAUAUAUAUUAAUUUUAAGGUAAUUAAAAUAAAAUGUCUAUUUUUAUUUUAUUCUGUUAUUCUAGAUCUCAACUUAUUCGGGCCUAUUAGCCCGUUUGAUUAGCUGAAGGUUUAGCUGGCUUAUAAGAAAUUAAUUAACGGUAAUCGCGUUAAGGCAGAAACUUUUGAAUACUUACCAGUAUUACGUAAUCAUACAUAUGUGUUACCACAUUCUUUUAACAUCAUAACAUAAAAUAGGUUGUAGGCGAAAUAAGUUUUGGCUGUGGAUUACUCAGUAAUUAGAAAGAGGAAUGCCAGAGCGUAUUAUUCUAUUAUGUAGGAUAUAAACAUUUAUUAAUAAUUAGCGUGUUGAUAAGUUAUACUUAAUUAUGUAAAUAUGAAUUUCUAUAGUCGAGAUUGUGUAAAGAAUAUUUUGUUUGCACCCUAAGAUCAAGUUUAAAAAUUAAACACAUCCAAAUACACUAUUUCUUUUCAAAAAAACUAUCUCAGAUUAGGUUUUAA